CGUGAACCCGGAAGUGACUUCCUUUUAGAAGCUCGAGCAUUUUUGCCAGUAUCCGCAUCUUCUGUGUUGAUCUAAUUUUCUUCGUAGCUUGUAAACGCGCAUCAAUAGACGUUUUGCUGCGGACUUCAUUUGUGUAAAAUAAUUAUAUUAACUUUCAUGGCUUUUCCCUCUCUGAAGCUACAACUGUUAGCAUGUUAGCUGAAAACAAUUGUCAUUACCACUGAACAUAAGAGCGAGUCAGACCGAAGCGUUGAUGGUGAGCAGACUGCUUCUGAGCAUCAUGGUGAUCAAGAAGAGUAAAGUUUGUGCUGUGAUCGUGUGAAAACCUCAGAGGUUCAAGAGCGUUGCAGGAAAAACAACUGAGGCGGACGGAGCAGCAAGCAGUGAAGAGAUGGACUCUGACGUGGAUGAUGCCCAGCAAAUCUCAGUGAUCAAAGAGGAGUUUCUUCAUGAGCAACAGAACUGGAGUCCCAGUCUGGACCAGGAGGACCAGAAGCCACCACAGAUUAAAGAAGAACAGGAGGAGGCUGAUAUUAUGAAGUUUAUAUUCACUCCUUUCCAUGCGAAGGGUGAAGAUGCUGAAGAAAAAUCUCAGUCCUCAGAUCUUCAUCUCAGCCAGUUUGAGGAGAAUAAACGCUUUGUGGGUUCAGAACCAAGUCAAUAUUUGCAAUCAGAGGCAAAUGUCAGUUAUGGAAACUGCAAGGAGAGCUGUGAAACCAUCCCUGAGGAUACUAAAUGUGAGGGCAGUCAGAAUUGUUACAGCUGCACAGAAUGUGCUAAAAUAUUCUUUCAUAGGUCAGACUUUUUAGAGCACAAAGGAGUCCACACAGGAAAUAAACCUUUCAGCUGUUCCGUGUGCAAAGCAGCAUUUACGAGAAAUAAUACUUUAGUAGAACACAUGAGAAUGCACAGCGGAGAGAAACCUUUCAGCUGCUCCAUCUGUGAAGCUGCUUUUUGCAGAAAACAUACCUUAUUGCAACACAUGAAAAUACACAGUUCUGAGAAACCCUUUAGCUGCUCUAUUUGUGGAGAAGCCUUUACGAGAAAAAACAGCUUACUGCAACACACGAUAAAGCACAGUGGAGAGAAGCCUUUCAGCUGCUCCCUUUGUGGUCAGAAAUUAAGUAGUAAGGUAGGACUGAAAUAUCACAUGAGAAUCCACACGGGAGAUAAACCUUACAGCUGCUUUUUUUGUAACAAAGCUUUCCAAAGCGAAACCAAUUUAACGGAACACGUAAAAAACCACACAGGUGAGACGCCGUACAGCUGCUCGAUCUGUGGCCAAAGCUUCAGCUACAAGUCUGGUGUAACCCGUCACAUGAAGUGUCACAGUGAAGAGAAACCCUACAGCUGUUCAGUUUGUACAGCAGUGUUUAAAAGAAAGCAGGAUUUGAUAGGACACCUUAAAAUCCACUCAGAUGAAAGGCCUUUCGUGUGUUCUUUUUGCAGUGCAGCUUUUAAAAGGAAAGUCACUUUAGAGGAGCACUUAAGAAUCCACACUGGAGAGAAGCCGUUCAGUUGCUCAGUCUGUGACCUGAGGUUCACUUACAAGUCGAGUCUUACACAUCACAUGAAAGAUCACACAGGAGAAAAACCUUUCAGCUGCUCAGUUUGUUCAACAGCAUUUAAGAGAAAGCCAGAUUUAAUGGAACACGAAAAAAUCCACACAAAGGACAGAUCGUUCAUAUGUUCGUAUUGCGAUGCGUCUUUUAAAAGGAAGUCCACUUUAGUUGCACACACAAGGUCUCACACUGGAGAGAGGCCUUACAGCUGCUCGGUGUGUGGUCAGAGCUUCAGCUACAAGUCAAAUCUGAGUUUUCACAUGAAAAGCCACACAGGAAAAAAACCCUUUAGCUGCUCCGUCUGUGGGGAGAGUUUCAAAUUCAAAUCAACCCUUUUACACCACGCACGAACUCACAAAGAAGACAGGCCUUUUAGCUGUUCCAUCUGUAAUGCGACUUUCAGAUAUAAACGUUAUUUAGAACCGCACGUAAAAAGCCACGCAGGAAAUCUACCUUUCAGCUGCUCAAGUUGUAAGGCAUCAUUUAGAAGAAAACGGGAUUUGGUGAAACACAAGAAUUCAUGCACGUAAAUAGACUCACAGCUGCACAGUCUUGUCAAAUCUUAAAUAUGGUUAAAUUUGUUAUUUCCUAUAGACCUAACUUUCAGACAAGCUUAAAUAAAAUACAUUUUUGUUAUAAUUUUUGUUCUCCCUGAAAAUUCCACAUUGCUCACAGGUUGUGUGAUGUUCUGACUGUAAAUGUCAAUGUUAUCAUAGAUUGUGUAAUUUCAAAAUAAAUGUGCACAAGUUGAAAA